CCAAACUCCAAACCAUAACCACCACACGGGCUCCAUCAUCUCUCCAUGUAUCCCGGCGCAUUGUAGCUCCCUUUUAAACCCUAGGUUCGAUUUAGCCUUCCCUACAUUCCCCAUAAAAACCUACUUCCUUUUACUAGAUCUGCGUUGCUUUUCCACAAGCGUUUAUCUCCCUCUUCUAAACAAACGAUAAAGGAAUAUUUAACGGGUCGGAUUCCGGGCCUUCCGACAUUCUCGUGGAUAUGGAAUCGAAGCCUUUGAUGCAGGAGCAACUAACACUCCAGCCUAGAUUAGCUUAUUCUAAUAAUUGUUCUAAAAUUUUAACUUUGCCCACUAUUUUAACACUCGGCCGCGUCGCCGCAGUGCCGGUGCUGAUUUUCACCUUUUCUGUUGAUAGUUGGUGGGGAAGGACUGCUACUACUAGUUUAUUUUUGGCUGCUGCUAUAACUGAUUGGCUUGAUGGGUACAUUGCUCGAAAAAUGAAGUUAUGUUCUGCCCUUGGUGCCCUUUUGGAUCCCGUCGCUGACAAGCUUAUGGUUGCUGCUACACUGGUUUUACUAUGUUCAAAACCUUUGAAUGUUGCCAUGUUUGGGCAAGCGCCAUGGUUACUGAAUGUACCGUCAAUAGCCAUUAUAGGAAGGGAGAUAACUAUGUCUGCUGUUAGGGAAUGGGCUGCUUCUCAGAAUAGUAAAAUUUCAGAGGCUGUUGCUGUAAAUAAGCUGGGGAAGUGGAAAACUGCCACACAGAUGGCUGCACUAACCAUACUUCUGGCUACACGAGAUAACAGCUCCAGAGAAAGUGAGAUCUUAGUUGCUUCUGGCGUUAUUUUUCUUUAUCUUUCAGCUGGGAUCUCGGUGAUGUCACAAGCCGUGUAUUUGGAGAAGAUGGGAAAAGUAUUACUUAAGUAGUUAUCUUUACCUGCUGGGUUGUAGCGGCUUGCAUUUUUGUUACCGACUGUUUGUGGCUGAUUUCUCUAGCUACUUCAUGCCCUUUCUGACGAAUAUUUUUCACACAUUGAUGCUGCCAUCUUUAUUUCACUGGAUUAACGAUAAAGCUCUCGCCUUUUGAAGUUCACAAAUAUUGGAAUUUCCUUUCGGAUUGGGCUGUUUGGUGAGGGUAGUAUCCAUAUAUUCAUGGGAUUAUGUCUUAAAUUUCAUGGAGGAUGGUCAUUGCUUUAGGCAAGUCGACUCCCAACAUUAACACAUUUUACUCUGUAAUUUGCUACUGCAACUUGAAAUUGAGGAACUCUCGCUAAGCUAUUCAAUUGUAAAUGUUAAUUGCUAGUGAAGUGGCUGCUCACAGUUAUACACAAGUGAUAAAUAGUCAAAGCAUGCUACGUAUAAUGCAAUUGCUUGCCCUUUUGUAUCUUAUCCAUUUAUGAACUCAGUUUUAUGAUGAUGAAUAGAUUAUGAGAUUGAUGUUAGAGAAUUCUCAAAGUUGUUGAAUAUUCUUCAAUCCUAUGUUACUUAGAUUUGGGCGUGGAGAUCUGAGGCAGGUACGUUUAACAUUUUCCCAAGCUUUUGAUUUAUUUGGAGGGUUUUUGUAGGAU